UGAAACUGCCACGUCGACAUGACUCGACGUGAUCGGCGGCAACCUUGCUGCCGCUGCCACAGCGACCUCAAUGCAGCGCUGUUCGUGCAAUGUGCGAACAAGGAACGUUGUCUAUCCCGUCUUCAUACGUACUGUUUUGAUCCUCCCCGCAUUGCCACGGAUAAUCCAGACCCGUGGUGGUGUCCGAGUUGCACGCCGCCUCCUCAAUCGCUGCCAUCCAUGACCGACUCGAAAAUCAUUUCCCGCAAGUCGGUAUCGUGCAGCGAUAAGCACGCCACGUUGCUCUUUGCGAAGAAGCGUGCAUUGCCGAUGCCGCGCCCGCCUCGAAAGGUGCCUUCGCUCGUUCCGGCAGUACAUCCAUUACAACAAGUGUCGCCUGCAUGGCUUAAACCUUCCGAACAGGACACUGCGGGGCAUGCCACGGAUGACGCGUCGAUGACGUCUCCAAGGGAAACGAUCCCCAUUCAUCCCAACGAUCCAUGCGACCCAUUAGAUUGGCAGACGUUCUGCGCCGACAAAGUGGCGGACCUGGCGUUGCACCCUCCGGCAAAGCCUCGCCACUUCAAAUUCCAACGCAUCGUGAUGGCGUGGGUCCACUGGCGCCGCAAACACAACCACGACAGGCAGCAGCGCCGCAUGCACGUCCACAUGCAAGAGUACGCGGCGAAAUUGCCGCGCCGCGUCAUGCGCAACGACGACGACGUGGGCGGCGCUCAAAUGGGCCACGACCAGUGGCGGGAAAAGUACAAGGCCGACGACUUGACCUUGCUCGACGCAGAAAACGACAUCCAUUACAGCCAAGGGCAGCUCAAGCCCAAGUCCGUCGUACGAUAUAUCAUUCCUACCGCAAAGAAGCCGUUCAACGGCCUCCCGCCGCCGAAGCCACCUUCACUUGCUCAGCCCGAGCUCAUUCAGGUUGACAGCUACACGAUCGAUCUCACCGACACGCCGCCGACGGUCGAAUCCCGCGCUAGCGACGCCGCGAGAGCGCUUCAAGACCAAGCCAAACAAGCCCAAGCAGACCACGACGCCACUUGUCGACGGAAGCGGACGAUGCGCGCGCAACUCUUCCUGCAGGAAAAGCACCCGACCACACCCGACGAUAUUGCGACCGCCAGCGGGACCAAGAUCCAACGAUGGUAUCGGCGGCUGCGACGCGACCGCCGCGUUCGCUUCGAGCAAGAUGCAGCCGCGACGCUGAUCAACUUGUGCAUUCGCCGGCAUUUACAUCGAAAGCACCGCCACGACAAGAGCCGUCGAGCCAAUCUCGCCGCGUCGGCUCUGUUGCAGUCACAGCGCGCAGCCGAUGCCAAGCUCGCACUGCAACUCGAGCGUCGGCGCAAGCGAGCACGGAUGCGCAUCGAUCGUUUCUUGUCGCGGCAUGCGGUGCCGCAUUUGAACCGCAGGGUUCACGCGGUCGUCCGUAUCCAGGCGUUGUGGCGCCGCUGCUUGUGCCAAAAGGCAUACUCCAGGAACCGCCGGUCGCGGGCGAUUUUGACCAUACAAUGCGCCUGGCGGCAAGCGCUGGCGCGGCUAGAACUGGCCAAAAGGCGAGAACGCAAAGCCGUCGGGGUGCUGCAGCGGCACCUUCGUGGCCGGUACGUCCGACGAGUUGUUCUUGUCGAGAAGAAGCGCGUCGCCAUGGUCGAAGCCGUCGCUGCGCUGCACGCCAUCUCGAUUCCAGACCCAGCGACCGUGACAACGUCGGCGCUGCUCAGCGCUCUGGGUCUCCACUACUACGGCAUUGGGCGGUGGUGGGCAGCUGCGGCUUGUGUCGAGCGAGCGUGCCGCAAUGGCUUUGUUCGUGACGAGGCAGCCACGGUGGCGCUAGCGUAUUGCCACCACCAGACGUGGCAUACAUCGCACGACGCGUUCAACUUGACCCGCGCGCAUGACUUGUAUGUCUCGACUCUCCAAGCGACCCACGGCGAUCCGUACGUCCUCCACGAUUACGCCGUGGUCCUCAUGGAGCGCGCCGAGUACAAGGCCGGCCUCGACAUCCUCGCACACGUCCUUGCCGUAUUCCCCCAGUUUGAACUCGCUCCGAGUGCCAUGCUGUGGGUGGGUGUCGUCCUCCUCCACCUCGAUCGGGGCGACGACAGUGUAUCGUACUUUGGGUGCCUCCUGGACACGCCCCCGCCACCGUUCUCGGCCGCCGACAUGACCAUCUUGUGCGCCGUUGGUUACGGUCGCAGUCGCAAUGUCGACGCAUGCAAGCAAGGUCGGCAUCGCAUUCCCGUCUGCAAUCUCGGACAGCUUCCUCUCGCGCUCGAACGACUCAUGGAUGGACGUUAGGCAUGCAAACCGCACUGGCGGCGUGCCAAGCCACGAGUCAUUCGAAACUGACCAAAGCGGACAUGCUGGUCGACCUCGCCAAGCGGGCGACGGUCCAUGGCUACUACCUGAUGGCGUACACGGUCUUCUUCUACGCCCUCGAGCGCGUCAAGCAAGCGUCCAAGGCCGGCACGUGGUUUUGCUUUGCUGACGCGUUGCAGCACUUGGGCAAAAUGGAAGAAGCGUUCCAAGCGCUGGCCGCAGCGGCGCACCUGGACCCGGCGCACACACUUGUUCAAACCGCGCUGUCCACGUGGCCCCACCGCCGGCACGACCCGUUUGUGCAUGAGCUGCACCACACGAUCGACCUCGACUUUGUUCGACAGUUAACGUAGCAGUCGUUCUUUUGACGGCUGGACGCGGC